GGAAGACGAGAGGAGAGAGGCAGGAGUAGUAGGAGUAGCCCUAGAGAGAGGUGUGGAUUUUGUUGAGGGAGGGGAGAGGGAGCCAGCUUUCCUUCUCAUCUUAAGGUGGUGUGUUUCGAUUUGGGAGGAGUUUGCUUGGAUCUGCGGCGGGUGUUGGUGGUGAGGUUUGGGAGGGAGUCCGGCGAGGUGGGGGGUGGAGGGGAAAGAGGUGAUUUGCCGGAGAUCGAGGAGGCAUGUCUCAGAUCUGAGAUGGACCGGAUCCGGGAGGGUAGCAGGAGGACCGGGGUGUCCGGUGGUGGUGGUGGUGGCGGGCCACCGCCGCCGCGGCGGCGGCUGAGGAGCAGCGGCGGCGGCGGCGGAGGCGGGGGCGGUGGGCCGAGGGACUCGCCUCGCUCCGAGAGGAGGCGGGGGGAGAGGUUGAUGCUCAACGGCGGCGGUCGGGACGACGGCGACGACACCUCCGACGAGAGCCUCGGCGACGACGACGAGGACGCCGACGAGGAGCUCGCCGCGUCCGCGCCACGGUACCCGCCGGUACAGCGGCGGUCGCCGAGCACGGCGCCGCCGCCCUCGCCGCCCCAGCCUGGCGGCGGUCAUCACCAUAGCAGUAGUAGCAGCGGCGGCGGUGGGGGUUACCACAACCAUCACCACCAUGGCGGCCAGCCGCAGAUGCAGCGGAAAGCGGGCUCCAAUCCGAAGAGCCCCAUCGUUUGGAAGGCCGCCGACGAAAUGAUCGGCGUGCCUGUUCCCAGGAAGGCUCGGUCAGCUUCUACGAAGAGGAGCUCGCAUGAGUGGUCUGUUCCCGGCGGUGGAAGCAGCGGCGGCGGCGGCGGCAGCGGUAGCGGCGCUGGAGACACAUCGCAGAUCCAGCGGCCGUCCUCACGACCGAUCUCCCCGGCCUCUGGGUCUACCACCGGCCCUGCACGGAAGAAGCUGAAACAUCUUGGUGGCAGUGGGAGCAGCGGCGGUUCCGGGCAAGCACCGAAGCAGCGGCCGUCGCCGGCCUCAGCUCCAUCGACAGCCCCUCCGCAGCCUCCCCCACCGAAGAUUUCGAAGUCGCCCUCUUUCAUUCAGGAGGAGAUCGAGGUCGCCGAAGUUCUCUUCGGCCUCACCAGGCAGUUUCCGUGUCCUCCAAAGCCGGUGGAGAGCAACCACAAGCUGGAGCCCAGGGGGGACGCCACGGAGGUCAAGUCCGGGAACUCCUCGCCGGCCCCGUCGUCCUCUGUUGCCCGGCCAUCAGAUUCGACCUCUGUUGCUACUAUAGCGCCUAAGAGGAAGCGGCCACGGCUCGUCAAGUACGACGACGACGUCCGGCCAGCAAGCCCGGCGAAGCCAGACAUGGCAGAGCCGUCCUCAAGGCCGGAGCCGCUUCCGGCGUCAAGAUCGGAGGCAAAGGCGUCGGUGUCGGCUGCUACCGACAGUGGUACCACCACCGCCACCGCGGGUGCGCAGCACGAGGCUUCGCGGGAACCAGAGAAGAGAGAGGACCAUAGAAUCAGAGAUUCGGAGCUCCGGGCCGGCGAAUCAGAUCGCCGGGAUCGCAGGACGGAGAGCCGGCCAGAGCCGCCGGCGCCGGCGCCGUCCUCAAGCAAGCCGGACGGUGAAUCGGCGGCGGUCGCCCCCGAAGCUAGAAACGGCGAGGCCACCGCGGCGACAAAGAUUGAGCUGGCAUCUGAUGGCGCUCGGCAAGAAAAGUUUUGCAUUGAUCUCAUGGCUCCUCCUCCUGGGAAGCUCUCUCCUGAUAGAGAUGGUGCUUCCGACCCUGAUGUGGAUAAGAAGGGAUUGGAUUCUGAGAUGGACAUGGUGGGGAGAGGAAAUUCUGAAAAGAAGGAUGGAGAGAGGCCAAGAAGAGGGCUGGAGAUCAAUUUGGAGGAUGAUAAGGUGGUUCAGAGGAUACUAGCGGAUGAGCUUGCUCCGAAGAAACUCACGCUGCAAUUGGAUUUGGAGAAGCCCAGCCUUGGUGACGAGAAAUCCCCAUCAGAGCGACGGCCGCAGCCGGCAUUGCAGCAGCAACAGCAGAAGCCUCCUAAGAAUGAGAUAAAGCAUGAAAAAUCUGCAAUGCCUGCUGUUACGCCACCUAUGCCAAUCCCUGUUGGAAAUUGGCUGGGGAGUUUUCCACCGUUCAGUUACCUCGGUCCAGUACCGGCACUAUCAGCAGCUGGUCUUCAUCAUCCUAUGGACGUUAAGCCUGGGUCUUCUGCUGGAUUACAGCAUACUACAUUGCUUACUCCACCGCCAGUACGGCAAAAGCGCUGUGCUACGCAUUGUUUCAUCGCGCACCAGAUCCAGAACUACCAGCGAUUUGCAAAGGUGAACUUGUGGCAGCCGGCGGCUGCUGCUGCCGCCGCUGCGGCGGCCGGUAGAUCCGCGGCUGCGCCAUUCUUUGGUCCAAGACCAUUCAGCAUGGGUGUGGUGCCUCCACCGGAGGCUACCUCUCUUCUUGUGAACCCAAUGCAGGGGAGCUACCCUGUGAGGGCCCACACCCCACUGCAAGACGCCAAGCCACCUUCAAUGGCUACCUCUCCUUUCCAAGGGAACCUAUCAAAGGAUAAAGCAGCAAUGAACAAUGCCGCUGUUGCUGAAACAAGCCAAAGGAAGCAACCUUCGGUUCAUGAAGCACAGCAACCCAGUCCUGUUCCGAACAUGCUGCAAGGCCCAGCAUUCAUCUUUCCAUUCAACCAGCAACAAGCUGCAGCUGCGGCUGUGGCCGCUGCAAAUGCUGCCAGAGUCGGUGAUACAAAGCCAUCUGGGGGCAGUAAUGCAAUGCCACCAUCUGCUGCUGUCCACACUUCAGCAGCAAACCCUGGUGCAACGGCCAUGAACUUGAGCUUUGCCAACUUGCCGCCAGCUGAUGCUCAGUUUUUGGCCAUCUUACAGAAUGGUGGCUACCCGUUCCAGGUUGCUGCUCAUGCUGGAGGACCUCCUGCCUAUCGAGGCAUGGCACCACCAGGACCUGCUGUUCCGUUCUUCAAUGGGCAUGUUUACCCAUCUCACAUGUUGCACCCAUCACAGCAGCAGGGGGCAUCACAAAGUGUUCAGAAGACCCCCAUGUCAAACAUGUCAACAUCGUCUCAGAAGCAUCAGCCACAACAAUCUCAAGGGUUACUGGGAUAUGCACCAAACGCGAAUGCUGCUGCAGCUGCCAAUAAUUCCCAGAGCUAUUCAAGCGGUAACCAGCGUCCAGUGCUGCUGCCUGGCCUUGCUCACCGCCAGGACAGCGAGAAAGCUGUGCAAGAUGGUCCAUCUGGUGAUGACAAGUCAUCUCACCAUCAGAAAGGUGGUUAUGAUCAUCAUAAUUAUGCUGUACCAGUUCAUCUUCAAAAUUUUACAUUGAUGCCCCCUGCUUCAGCUGGUGGUGGUAGUCAGGGUGACAAGAAGUUAAGUGAUCACCACCCGCAGCAGCUACCACCGGCGAGUCGAGGCCAGGGUGUGAGAAUUGAUCUUGCUUCCUCUCAGCCUUUUGUGGUGCCUUUUGGUCCUCCUGGAUCUGCCCCAGGUGGCCUUGACUUUUCUUCACUGGCGCCGAACACUCUAUUCCAGAGCCAUCAAGAAGCAGGAAGGCAUAGUUAUCCUCAGCUCAAUUUUGCCACUGCACAAUCUGUUCAAGCUGGACAACACAAGCCCCAGCAUCAGGUUACUGGAGAAACAAAAUCUGUGGCUGGGGAUUCGUCAACUCAUAACACUGUAGACAGUGAGAGAAAGAAAUCAGCUGCUGCAAAGUACCCAGGUGAUUCACAGCAGCAUUCACUUUCCUUCUCCAGGCAGGAUAACAAGUCUUAUGUGCCUCCUUUCCUCAGUGGAAGCACUAACGAGAGCUCAUCCCGCACGUUGAGCCUUAUUGGGUCAGAACCUUCAAAUGCCUUCAGUCUAGGAGGCAAAUCAGCAAAUGCAUCGGCCCCGGCAACUACAUCGGCUGCAGCACCAUCCCCAUCCAGCAUUCCUCAGCAGCAGCAGCAGCAGCAGCAACAACAACAUUUCCUUCAACUUCAUAAGCAUCCACAACAGUUGAUUCCGCAUCACCAUCUGAACUCUCGCCCCAGAUCUGCUGCACCAAGCAAUACCAGUGGAUAUUCAGAGCGCUUGAACAUGGCAAGUUUUCCGGGUAUGAUGUACCCAUCGGGUGCUGCUCAAGGGGGUGUUCCUAGUCAAUCUCCUCAAUUGAAGCCUUCAUCAACAAGAGCAACAGGUACACCUGGUGGUGUGGCUUCCCCUGGUGCUGCGCCCUCUAAUUUGAUUGUAAUGAAGAAUAGUGGUCACCAUCAGCAACAAGCUAAAACUCUGCAGUCUCUCUCUACCACAAACCACCAACCCCAGAGUUCAUUGAACAUGAGUUCAUCAAAGAUGGGUCCUUCUGUCACUAAUAUUUCUACUGGAGGAGGGGAUUUGUCACGUUCUUCAAAUGCUCCUGUUGCUUCUGGUUCUCCAUCCAAUUCAGUCUCCAAAAGUACUGGUGGCAGCCCACCAGCUUCUGGAAGUGCAAAGGGUGUUCCACCAUCUGUCCAAUUGCCAUCACCUCAACAACAAUCAGUGAAGAAUCCAGCAUCAACAUCUGGAGCUAAGUCAACUCCCACAAAUCACUACAGUAUGCCUAUGCCAUCGAUCCUUGGUCAACAGCCAAAUGUGUCGCCUGCUUCCAAUUCAGGCAGUAAGCAGCAGUCGCACAUACCGUCAUUGAAACAGCAGCCAUUUCCACAAGGGGGUCACUUCUUCAUCUCCAAUGCAUACACACCACAAGCUGCCGGAGCUGCUGGAGGUGUUGCUCUUGGCCUUUACCAGAAGCGCUCAGCUGACAAGACACAGCAGCCAUCACCACACCAGCAGAGUGCCAUGUCAGCAGCUGCCAGCAAUAACAUGAAGACUCUUCAUCCUCCUGCCGGCAAUUUUAUGCAUCUUUCAGCAGCAUCUCAGUCUGCGAGCGGUGUGCCUCACUCUCAUAUGUCAGCGGCACAACUGACUUUUGGGGCCCCAAUGUCAAUGUCUGUAAAACCCUCAAGUGAUCAGAAGCCUGCUGCUGGCAAGUAAAGGUUGAUGCUUGGAACUUGGAAGCCAGGAUGCUACUCUGGACUUGCGAGCUAACUGCUAAUUCUGAAUAUGCGCAAAACGCCUCUUGGAUCCAGAAGCAGCAGAGCAGAUCGCAACGACAGCCACGGGCACAAGAGCCUGUUUGCUGGCUGUUAAUCGAAGAGGACGGCGCGCCCAUUCCAUCCUUUGCUGGAACAUUUGCUAACUGAAGUAUUUGGAAUGGUUGAUGGGAGUGAUACUUUUGUGUAGUAGGUUAUCCUCUCAUGGUGGAAAGCUGGAGGUGCAUAGAAUCUCUUUUUAGCAGUUUUAUGCAUGGAUGUCAAAAGCUGGUCUCUUUCUCCCUCAGUCUACUCCCAACUGCUUUAGCUUUGUUCUUUUUGUUGUUCUCUUAACUGAAGGAAAAUUUAAUUAGAAUGCAGGACAAGGUAACUUUUGUGAUGUGGUGGUGUUCCUCUCUUUCCCACUAAAAUUCCUCACCAUUCUCUGCUUGGAUUGUUUUAGCAACUGGGAGAAGAAAGAUAAUCCCAUAAAUGAGCCAUGAUUUGAUUGGGUUGGAGAUGGGGUGGCAUUGGCAUGGCAUGACCUGCCUUUCCGGUUGUGUUGUGUUGUAAUUAGCUUUGAAACAGAAGUGAAAAAAUGAAACUGAUGAAAAAUCAAGGUUGAAAAAUUUCCUGGUCUA